CUCCACUCCUGCAGCCGCACAGAGCCAGUGUAUCAGCUCACAUCACUGUACUAUAACACGAGCGGGGAGAGGAUCUUUUUACGCGCAGGUUCACGCCGUGGCGCGCUUUUGUUGGGGAGCGCGCGCAUGUAUCUGGGGCUCGUUCGUCUGUGCAGAGAGCUGAGAGUCAGUGCCGCAAGUGGAGAGGGACUCAUAAGUUAUCAGCAACGGAGUAGCUUCACCAAGAGGCUUAACCGAGCAGCUUUCCAGGCGGGCGGAGUGUUGUUGAGCGAGCAGGAGGAGGGGUGGAAGCGGAAGGAUGCUGAUCCGAGCUGAGCCGGGAGCUGCAGCUUCACUUCAUCAGCGCAAACACGGGAUCCUCCUGUAACUUUGAAUGUGUUGAAGUUUAUCUUUUAUUCUCUCCGGUUUGGCUCAGUGCUGCUCGCCUGCCAUGGUCGGUCCAUCAGUCCACAGUGCGCUCUUUCUGUGCGCCUUCCUCCAGCUGUUCUCCCUGCUCGGCGGACAGGUGCCAAACUGCCAGGAGGUGCGCACAGUGUUUCACUCUCUGCAUCCGGGAUCCAAGUGGGUCCCCGAAAACCCGGUGUCAGGUGCGGAUCUGCAGGUUUGCCAACCCAAAGGCCCGACCUGCUGUUCCAAGAAGAUGGAGGAGCGGUAUCAGGUAGCUGCACGCAGCAACAUGGAGUCUGGUCUGCAGGUUGUCAGUGCUCAACUCAAACGUCUUAUCAUCCAGAAUGCUGCCAUAUUCCAAGAGGCCUUUGACCUGGUGCUACGUCACGGGCGUAACUCCACCCUGGCCAUGCUGAAGUCCGAGUUCCCAGGUCUCGGAGGUGGAGCCCAGAGCUCCGUGGGGCAGCUCUUCCUGGAUAUGUCGCUCUACAUCCUGGGCUCAGACUCCACAGUGGACCACAUGGUGGCGGUGCUCUAUGGUCGGCUCUUCCCCCUGGCAUACCGUCGCCUGCUGGGGGGCAGCGUGUCCUCUGUGUCUGAGGAGUGUGUAAGAGGAGCCUGGAAGGACUCAGGAGCAUUUGGCCCUUAUCCCAAAGUGAUGAUGACCCGUCUGUCUCGCUCCCUCCUGGCCACACGUGUCUUCCUGCAGGCACUGAACCUGGGCAUCGAGGUUGUCAACACCACAGACCACCUGCGGCCCGGCCGGGACUGUAGCCGGGCCCUGCUGAGGCUGUGGUACUGCCCGCACUGCCAGGGCAUGCUGGGUCCACCAGCCUGCAGAGGCUUCUGUCAGGCGGUGAUGCACGGCUGCCUGGGGGGAGCGGCUGAGGUGCAGCCUCACUGGAGGACCUACGUAGACGGACUGGGGAAGCUGGCCGGUGCCAUGAGGGGAGAGCAGGACAUGGAGGCUGUUGUUAUUAGGCUGCCUUCAAUGAUCAAACUGGCUCUCAAGCAUGCUGUGAAUGCCCGCACUCGCCUCACUGCCUUGGUGAGCGGGAUGUGUGGACACACUCCUCAGCGGGCCUCUCGCUCAGUCGGAUCCCCUCCUCCCCAGCCUCCCGCUGCCUCUGCAGCCCGCAACACGCAGCCCUCAUCCUCAGACUCUGAUGAGACUUUGGCUGGCCUCCGCAGGGAGUUCAUAUCCAACCUGAAGGGCUUCAGCUCCUUCUACAGUGGUCUUGGGGAGGCCCUGUGCAGCCGUGAGCCCGUUCCAGCAAACCACUCCCUCUGCUGGAAUGGGCAGGAGAUGACAGACAGGUUUCCUGGACCUGGCCUGAAGCGAUCGCACCCGGGCUCAGAGUCCCGAAGCAACAAGCCCCCUGAGCCGAUCAUCAGCCAGAUCAUAGACAAACUGAAACACAUCAACCAGUUGCUGCGCAUGGUGACAGUAUCUGAGAAGCGCUGGAGAGCCCGGUCGCGUGGAAGUGGAGUGGACGGGUGGAGCGACGAGGGGGAAGAGGGGUUCGAGAGUGGUGACUGUGACGAUGAAGAUGAGUGCGCUGGAGUGUCAGGGCUGGGGCCGCCACCGAGACGCAAACGAUUACGCAUCUUUGCAGACCUGGCUGAUAACCUGGCAAUGGACGACUUCACCUUCCAGGAGCAGCUGCUGACCCCUCGCUUGGCCACAGCUGGGGUCGGAGGCGUCUCCUCACCUGCGGCUCCACUGUGGAGGAGCUACCUGGUGCCGACGCUUCCUGUGACGCUUGUUCUGCUCCUGCUUUGCCGCCACUGACCAGUGCAAUCACACACUCCCAUCACUUCUUUCCCCUAGGAUUCAAUACAAACUCUGUGGAACGGGACAAACUUUUUUUAAAGUUCUGGUUCCUAAUGUAAAGUUCAAAGGAAGCAUGAACAACAAAAAUGCUACAUUUCUCUUUGUAUGUCUCAGAAUGAAGCUGUUUUAUUUUAGUCAAAAUCACUGGAUGUUCUCAACAAACAUUAAAGCACACCAGAUAAACCCAUGGCAUUGUGUAAAUAAGAAACUGCCCUCGUUGUUCACUCCCACUAUGGUUAUUACAACUUUUUGUGCCCUCUUGCCUGACCUCCUCUCUGCUCUCAUACUGACUUCUGUAUAAUAACAAAGUGACUGGGGCCCUCAUCACUAGACAACUUUGUCAUGGACCUGCAAGUGAGGAACGACACGGAGAACAGAAACACAACAGACCUUUUUAAAAUGCUCCCAGUCUGCAAAACGUUAUUGCCCUGCAGAAACAAGCUGGAAUGCAGAAGAAAACUUUUACUACUCUCCUCCAUGGCAUUGAAUGAUCUCCUGCCAGGACUGGACUUCAGCUGGCAAGUUGUUGUGAACUCCUUAUCGCCGGAGGCUGAGGUUAAACCCUUAUUUAAAGAUGCACUGUACCUUAAAUGCUCUGAUUCUACUUCAAUCUUCCUCUCUCUCUUUCUCUCUCUCUCUCUCUCUCUCUCUCUCUCUCUCUCUCUCUCUCUCUCUCUCUCUCAUUGUUUGUGUCCUAGUAAUAGCUAAAUUAUUUCUGACUGAUUCACACCCGCACUGUCAGUGUUUCCUUUAUUUUGUAACGCUGAUGAUUUUUUUAACAGUAACAGCCCUACGAUAAAAGAAAAAGAUUCAAGGGCUAUCAUGAGUCUCCAAAUCAGCCUGAUGACUGUACAGAUGUAUGUUUCUCUGUGUCGGUGCCAUGUUUACAAAAAUAUGUUUAUUUGAAAUAUUGGCAUAUUUCACAAGAAAAUGUGGUUAUUGGCUGGACUGUGAAGAAUUGCUGCAAGCUCUGUGGGUAAAGCGAAGAGUAACGUGAGAUAUAAAUAUGUAUAAAAAUGUGUGUAAAUUAAUUUUGUAAUGUUGGUUUGCAUUGGGGUCACACAUUCUUGAAGUCUUAAAGUCUUCGUAUUUAAUUUGUUCUUCUAGGUUUUGUUUAAACCAGAAGUCAGAUUCUCAAUUGUUGUUUGAUUUUGUUUGGUUUUUAAAAAGAAAUGUGGUGAAAACUGGUUUCCAUCUUCUUUGUUUAGACGGGAGGUCGUGUGAUGGAUGUUUGGAAACGGCACUAAUUAAAAGUUGAAAGUGUAUCUACUGCUGCCACCCAGCUGACUUCACAGCUGUGAGCCAGACUAUCCAUCCAUCCAUUCACCAUUAGAUAUACCGGAUUAUACUUGAGGGUCACGGGACGUUGGAGCCAAUCCCAGCUGACACUGGGUGAGAGGCGAGGUACACAGAGACAGACAACCAUUGCAUUCACACCUACGGGCAAUUUAGAGUCACUAAUUAAGCAAAGCUGCAUGUCUUUGGACUACUGGAGGAUACCAGAGCAUCCAAAGAAAACCCAAACCAGGCAUGGGGAAAACAUUAAGACUCCACACACAAAGUCCCCAGUUGACCAACAGGUACUAGACUGUCCACACAGGUGUAACUAAUAACAAUAAUGAUGGCUCUGUUCCAUUUAGGUGUGCCAAUGAGUAAUGUAAGGGAGCCAGCAUGCAGAGCACUAGGAGCCUGACACUGCAACACCUAAACAUAAUGCAGCCCUAAUAAACGUUAUUAGUUGGACCAGCGUUUGUCAUGAUAAACAUCUGUUGUGACCCCUCAAACAGCCAGUGUCAGACCUGGGAUUAGAUGUUUAUAAAAAUGAGUGCACUGUAAUAUGUUAAUUUAUUUCAUUUUUCAGUUAAAUGUUGAUGAGGAAAGUACAAUGUAUAAUAAACGGAACAUGUUUUA